UAGCUUACUCUAUAAAUGCUAUCUGGAAAACACUUAUAAGUACGUUGUGGGCCCAAUGGUGAGAGUUUAAAUUCAAUUUGAUAUGUCACUCGAUAUGGAACUAUAAGCCAAAAUUGUAUUGUGAAAAUAAAGUAUAGGAGCGAACGAACGAGCUCAUACUCGUACUUGUGAGAAUGUAAAUGAUAAGCCGUACACGUGCAUGCUGAGCGGGCAAUAGACGAGCGUGCGAAUUUCUCAUUAACAACUGAUUAGGCAGCGCGCUCUGCGGCUGCUCUUUAAAAGCGGCAAUGGAGUGAAAGUGUGAGGCGACGCUUCUCGCAAGUCAGUCGACUGCCGAACGUCGUGCCGGCAAAACGUGCCAUUUAUUGGUUGUUGUCUUCAUCGUCUUCGUACUGCCCGCCGAGAUACAUUAUUGCGCGAAAAAAACUACUUUCUACCGCAAUGUCUCUCAUCUGUGAUUCAACCUUAGCAGCCAGCGGCUCUGCUUUAAGCGGUUCGCAGAGCAAAACUAAACAAACCGCUCGCAUUGUUGUUAUUGGCGCAGGGGCCGCGGGCAUUGCGACCGCGACGCGUCUUCUCGAGGUCGGUUUCAAAAAUGUGCUCGUGCUCGAGGCUGAGAAUCGCGUGGGCGGACGUGUGAACACUAUAUCCUUUGCCGAUAACGUUGUCGAUUUGGGUGCCCAAUGGUGCCAUGGCGAGGUGGGAAACCCGAUUUAUCAGCGCGUCAAGGAUCUGAACAUGCUGGAGGUAACCGACGACGCCUACGAGUCUUUCAAGUGCGUGCGCUCCAAUCGGCAAGUGUUGGAUGAUCGCACAGCCAAUGUGAUGAAAAAAAUUGCCUGGGACUCGAUACCUGAACGCCAGAAGGAGUUAACCGAGUUCGAGGGCUCCCUCGGCACGUAUCUGACAGAGAAAUUUUGGCGCGAGAUGGAGAAAUCCCCGCAGGUGGAUCGCACAGUAGCGCGUGAAUUUUUGGAUAACUUCAAGAAAUUUGAAAGCUCCGUUGAGGCGGCUGAUAAUUUGUUUGAGGUUUCAGGACGCGGCCACUUGGAAUAUUGGAUGUGUGAGGGCGAAUUGCUGCUAAAUUGGCGUGAUAAAGGAUUUAAGACCUUUCUCAAUCACCUACUCUGUGCGAGCGCGGAUAGCGCCGAUGAUUUGGGCAUAUUAAAUGGACGCGUUCAGCUCAACAAGCGUAUUGCACAUAUCAAUUGGCAGGGCGAUGGUGAGUUGAUUUUACGCUGUUGGAAUGGUGAGGUCCUUACAGCUGAUCAUGUCAUAUGCACCGUCUCACUGGGCGUGCUCAAGGAGCAGCACAAACAGCUAUUCUCGCCUGCAUUGCCGCCGGCAAAGUGCCGAGCCAUUGAUGGCCUGAAAUUGGGAACUGUGGACAAGUUCUAUUUGGAGUUCUCCAAGCCUUUGCUACCCGAGGAUUGGAAAGGCAUUAGUUUUCUAUGGCUGGAUAAGGACUUGGAGGAGCUGCGCGGCACUGAGCUCUUCUGGUUGGAGAGCGUCUUCGGCUUCUACGGAGUCUCGUACCAGCCGCGUAUCCUCCAAGGCUGGACAAUAGGCGAGCAUGCGCGUUAUAUGGAAACAUUGACCGAAGAACAGGUGCUCCAAGGUCUGCUCUGGUUGCUGCGAAAGUUUUUGGAGUUUGAAGUGCCACCACCCAAACGAUUCCUACGCACCCAAUGGUAUGCGAAUCCCAAUUUCCGCGGCAGCUACAGUUUCCGCUCCACCUACACGGAUGAGUUGCGCACCGGUGCUUGGGACUUGGAGGCACCACUCUUGGAUGUUGGCGGCAAGCCGCGUCUUCAGUUUGCCGGAGAGGCAUCGCACAAGCAUUUCUACUCGACAGUACAUGGCGCCGUGGAGAGUGGUUGGCGAGAGGCGGAACGCCUGAAUUCUUAUUAUCGUGCUCGCACAGCAACACUGUGAGGGCCGGGAGAAAUCCAGGGAAGCGGAGAAUGAGUUUUGAUAGUAAAAUAUAUCUGGCGAUAAGAAUAAAGAGAACCACAGCGGUAUAGUAAAUGCAAACGCUUGUUUAUCUAAAGUGGCAAUAAAUUAUCGACAAACACAA